AUGGCGGCCGCACAUCCGAAUUCCUGGGAUCCGCUCUCAUCAGAGGACCAGGACCCAUCUCCGCAAUGCCUGAUGCGAAUCAAAAAGGACAUCACCGAAUUCAAAGCCCAACCGCCGUGCGGUCUCUUCAUCGCUCCGCAGGAAGACGACUUGACCAAGAUCCACGCCUUAGUCGUGGGCCCCUCUGACACGCCGUACGAUGGCGGCAUCUUCUACUUCAUCUUGAAGUGCCCCUCGACCUAUCCCGUGAAUCCGCCCAAGGCGCGCAUCAUGACGACGGACAACGGACGGGUCGAGUUCAACCCGAACCUCUACGCCUGCGGCAAGGUGUGCCUCAGCAUCCUCGGGACCUGGCUCGGACCGCCGUGGACGCCGGCGCAGACCAUCGAGAGCGUGCUCGUCUCCAUCCAGUCGCUGCUCAACGAAAACCCUUUCACGAACGAGCCCGGUAUGUCGUUUUUCUCGCCGCUCAUGAAGAUCCUCGGCUACGAGAGCAACUACAAAUCGUUCCUGCAGCACGAGACAAUGAGAGUGGCAGUGUGCGACACGGUCGAAGCGUGCCUCAACGGCACUUCGCCUUGUCCGCCGGUUCUGAGGGAGCAGGUGCUCAAAACUUUCUCGGAAUCGUACGACAAGUACGAAAAAAUGGCCACGGAACGCCUAAACCUGACCGGAACCUCACUGCGUGAUAGAUCUUUCAACCUCAAGGGAGUCUACCAGUACGAGACGCUGUUGGCGCGACUGAAGCAUCUGAACGACAGAGUGAAGCAGCGGAACGAAGCAGCAGCGCAAACGGAAAACAAGUAA